AUGUUAACUAGUGGCAAAGAGAAAAGUAAAAAACCUGUCCUUCUGCAAAAUGUUAAAAUCAAAGCAAAAGGUAUAAUAAUUCUUAUAAAGUAUCAUACUUCAUUCAAUAUUCAAAAAAAAGCUUUAGUCACAAAAUCUCAACCUUGCUUCACUAAUUUUUCUUUUUUUUCAGUUACUCUUUCUCAAACAUACAAAAACACAACAAAGGAUAAGUUCGAUGCAACUUAUGAAUUUAUGAUUCGAAAUAAUGUAGCAGUUUGCGGAUUUGAAGCUACAAUUGAUAACAAAAGAAAAGUUAUAGGAAUAGCUAAAAGAACUGAACAGGCCAAACGUGAAUUUAAAGAGGCCAUCAGUCAAGGUCGUGGAGCUUAUUUACUUGAAGAAAAACCAAAUUCUGAAGUGUUUGAAUGUUCUGUUGGUAACAUUGAGCCUGGUCAAAAAGUUGUGAUCAAAAUUAAAUAUGUGACUGAGCUUCAACAUUGUGCAGAAACAGAUAGUAUCUCGUUCACUUUGCCAGCUGCUAUUGCCCCAAAAUAUGGAACACAUAUUUUUAAUCACAGAAAGAUGCGUUGUGAUGAAUCUUCAGAAUCGAAAUAUCACGAACUAAAGCUUUCCAUAACUUGCAUGAUGAGUUCACGAAUUUGUAGUAUAAAAUCACCUUCUCAUAAAAUCAAAUUCACCGAAUUAAAUGAUAAGCCUGAAGUUACUCUAGAUGAAACUAUUCAUUAUUUGGAAAAAGAUUUCAUACUUCUUAUUAUAAGUCAAAAUAUUGAUAAGCCUAGAGCAUUCGUAGAAUAUAAUCCCAGAACUGGAACAAAUUGUUUAAUGCUUACCUUGGUUCCAACAUUCAAGAAUAAUUCAAUUGAUUAUAAUUCAAUCAGGGCGGAACUUAUAUUUAUCAUUGACAGUUCAGGAUCCAUGAAAGGUAGAUCUAUUGAAAAGGUAUCCAAAGCACUUCAAUUUUUACUUCUUUCUAUUCCAGAAAGUUGUUUCUUUAACGUGAUAUCAACUGGACACGAAAAAGAUUCAGAAAGAUGUCUUUUUAAAGAAAAAAGUCGGCCAUGCACAAAAGAAAAUAUUGUAAAGGCUAUUGAAAAAGUUCAAAAAAUAACUGCAAGAGGUGGUACAUAUAUUUAUGAAGCUUUAGAGUGGGUAUUUAAAAAACAUUCACAUCGUAAUGAAUCUUCAUUUCCUGAUAUGCCAACAUCAGUUAUUUUGUUCUCGGAUUUUGAGACAUCAAAAGUUGAUAAGAUUACUGAUCUUAUAAAAAAGAACCAAGAAAAUAACAAUAAUUUAAGAAUAUUUUCAAUUGGAAUGAACAAUUCCAUUUCUCACCAUUUUAUCGAAUCUAUCGUUCGAAUUGGUAAAGGAUAUGCACAGUAUGUGUCAAAUUUAGAACAAAUGAAUAGAAAAGCAAUGAUAAUGCUUAGGAAUUCUUUAAAUCCACCUAUUACGGAUUAUGAAAUUACAUGGGUCGAAGAUUCUGAUAAAACAUCUCAAAAAAGCAGCGACAAAUUUCGACAAGCUCCAUUAAAAAUCCCAGAAUUAUAUAUUGGUGUUCGUUUUAUAAUUUAUUGCAUUUUAGAUAAAGAUGUUAAACCAAGUACACAAAUUAUAAUGAAAUCAAAAUCUCAGGGUUCUUUAACCUUAAAGUUGGAUACAAUACCAAUUAAACAGGGAUCAAUAAUUCACACACUUGCUGCCAGGAAACUAAUUCAAGAAAUUGAAAACAAUGAUCCCGAACACGCUCGUGAUCAAAUUAUAGAAUUGGCAGAAUUUUAUAAUUUAAGUUCUAAGUAUACUAGUUUUAUUGCAAUUGACCAACCAAUUAUUGAAGAUGUAUUUAAUAUAGACAAACUUGAUGAUCAUGAGAAAGCUGAAGCAUUCAUAAUCGUUGAAGAAUCAUCCACUCCCAAAAAAUGCAAAGAAAUCAUCGAGGAUCAAAAAGAUGAUGGUUGUAUUGAAUUAAGUGACACAGUUUGUGAUGAACUAGAUGCACCUAAAGAAGAAAUUAUUAUGACAAUUCAAAAGAAUAUUACGGAUAAGAAGCUUCAAUUACCUAAUCGUCCAUCAGUUCUUGAAACUGCAAUCAACCUUUCGUAUCUUAAGAAAGCUGCAUCUAAGCAUGAAGAUGAAUGGAGAGACAAAUAUAAUAAAGCCCGUGAAUAUCUUUCAAAACAAAUAGGAGAUGCAAAUAUCGAAAAUGAACUUGAAGAAUACGCGGAUAAUUAUGUAAUCGAGAAUUGCAUUAAGAAGGUGAUUAAAAAUAAAAGGAAAAAGUCAAUUCGUGAGGUGCAAAAGUCUGCCACACUAAAAAAAUGCGAUGACAUAGUGUCUAAUCAAAAAGAUGAUGGAUCUUUUGAAGUUAGUGAGACAAUUUGUAAAGAAAUAGACGUUCCAGUUACCAAUGUAGUAACUGAAAUGAAAGAAUGUACACAAAAUCCAAAGCUUAAAUCUCUAGAAUCAGAACCUUGGUGGAAGACAGCACUCACUACUAGCUACCUCAAUAUCGCUGCACCACAUCAUAAAAAACAAUGGGAAGAUAAACAUGAUAAAGCUCGUAAAUACCUUUCUGAUCAGAUUGGUGAACCUGCUACUGAAAAAGAAUUAUUAGAUUGCACUGAUAAAUAUAUCAUUGAUAAUAUUUUCAAAAAGGUUGUACCAAAACGAAAAGAUGAUGGCAGCACUGAUGAAUCAGUACGUAAGGAACAAGAAUUUAUUGAUAAUAUUACCAAAAAAGGUGAAAAAGAUCAUAAAAAAGAAGCUGCAAUUGCUGUUGUUCAAGAAUCAGACUCUCCCGAUAAACAUGAAGAAAUUGUAUCUAAACAAAAAGACGAUGGCAGCAUUGAAAUUGAUGAUUCAAUAUGUAAGGAAUUACAUGUUCCUAAAGAAGAAAUUAUUGAUAAUAUUACCAAAAAAGUUGAAAAAGAUCAUAAGAAAGAAGCUGCAAUUGCUGUUGUUCAAGAAUCAGACUCUCCUGAGAAACAUAAAGAAAUUGUAUCUAAACAAAAAGUCGAUGGCAGCAUUGAAAUUGAUGAUUCAAUAUGUAAGGAAUUACAU